GAGGGUUUUAGGGUUUCCAUUCGAGGAGAAAGCCUCGAAAAAAAUGGCUUCAAUGGCAGCAAGAAGAUCCAGCAGCACAAUCGUGCGAACCAUCUGUAGAGCCACUGCGAAAUCGACGGCAGGGAGGUCAUCAUCCUCGUCCUUCCCUUUGCGCGAUUCCAAUCUCGGUAUUCGGCAUAAUAACAACCGUAUCGCUCCGGCGAGGUUCUCGCUCCUCCGAAGAGAAUUGAGCUCCUUGAAGCCAUUGCACACAGCCAUUGCUUCAUCUUACCUUGUUUCCAAGCUUCCCACCGAAGCUACCACCUCCUCACAAGGGAGGUUUGCUAACUAUGUCAGUCCAAUCUAAUAAAGGAUGAUGCAUAAACUGAUGAGGGUUCAUCUUGUUGAAUUCCUUGAAAGCUGGGUUACUUUUGAGGCUCUUUCAUUGAGAAUUUGGAAAUUUCAGAUUUCUUGACUAUAAGUGCUGAGCAGGUUUGCUUCUUCGAGUAGUUAGUAGCCUCUGCCUGCCUCUGACAUGUAUGUAAAUUUGUAACUUUUGAUAAGUCAAAUGUUGUUUUGUGUUUGUUAUACUUUGUAUACUGUCAUUGAAAUAAUAUCAUGCGAAUUAUUUGAGAUUAA